AGGUUCAUGUUCGAGCGCAUUUUGUUCUGUCUUGUCUGCAACCGGCCGCCAUACUCAAACAAAAAGGUUGAGAUGAAAAGAUAAAUUUUUAUAUCUUGAAAGGUGUUGAAAGUGUUUUAAUUUACUAAAUGAGUUCUAAAUCAGACGUCAAUAGAAGAGUACUCGCCAUUCAGGCGAAAAAGAAGCGGCAUAAACUUGGUAAAAAGAAAAAUCGUGAGGAGGACCACGGCGCUGCUGGACAAGGAAAUGGGCUGCGCAAUCAAAAUCAGAAUCGACUAGAACCAACACAUAGCUCCUCCAAUGAAACAAUCGAAGAGGAUGAGGACGAACAGUACGCUAGUGACGACGAGGAGCAGGAGGAUAGCGCGGAUUACUGUAAGGGUGGAUACCAUCCUGUCAAAAUAGGAGAUCUAUUCCUGAAUCGCUACCACGUCACCAGGAAGCUGGGAUGGGGUCACUUUUCUACUGUGUGGUUGUGUUGGGAUCUCGUGGACAAGCGUUUUGUAGCGUUAAAAGUAGUUAAAUCGGCGCCCCACUUUACGGAAACCGCUCUAGACGAAAUCAAAAUUUUAAAGGCGGUUCGUGAUAGUGAUCCAGCCGAUCCCAAAAGAAACAAGACGGUUCAAUUGUUAAAUGAUUUUAAAAUUACUGGUGUGAAUGGAACCCAUGUUUGUAUGGUCUUUGAAGUUCUAGGCCACCACCUGCUAAAACUAAUACUCAAAUCUAACUACAGAGGUAUUCCACGUGAAAAUGUUAAAACUAUUAUACGACAGGUGUUAGAAGGAUUGGAUUAUUUGCAUACCAAAUGUAAGAUAAUACACACUGACAUAAAGCCUGAAAAUGUGUUGGUUUGUGUUGAUGAAGCUUAUAUUAGAAAGCUGGCUGCUGAAGCAACAGAGCUACAUUCCCUAGGCCUGAGAUUGCCCCAUUCCCUCAUUAGCACAGCACCAAAGGAGUUUCAGGAGCCUGUAGUCACUUCAAAAAUGAGUAGAAACAAAAAGAAAAAAUUAAAGAAAAAGGCCAAACGUCAAUCCAUGUUACUUAAGAAGCAAAUGGAACAAAUAGAGGAAAUGGAAGAACAGAAAAAGGUUGAGAACAAUAGUGAGUCAGCUCCAAUGUCCCAGGAUAUUGAUGAUUCCCCUCAAACACCGGAGGAGGCGAGUGUUAUUGAAACUACACGGUCGGAUAUUGAACCCAAUAUUAACGGUUGCAGUGACUUACAAAGAGCUGAUGACGAUGCAUUUGAUACAGAUGCUGAAGCAGUGCAAGUAAGAAAUAAGCAGUAUAACUGUGGUGAUGAUCCCGGAACACCUAUGUCCGAAGGAGAAAUGACUGAUACUCCACCCUCCUUCAACUCUCAAACUAAGGACAAAUUGCUUGAUAAAAACCCUGAUCCUGCAUUUGAAGUGUGUGACUUAGAGGUCAAGAUUGCUGACCUUGGAAAUGCCUGUUGGGUUCACCGGCACUUCACUGAAGAUAUCCAAACAAGACAAUAUAGGUCAUUAGAAGUGCUGUUGAGUGCAGGUUAUGGUACAUCGGCAGAUAUAUGGAGCACUGCUUGCAUGGCAUUUGAACUUGCCACGGGGGAUUACCUAUUUGAACCUCAUUCUGGCGAUGGCUACAGCAGAGAUGAAGAUCACUUGGCCCAUAUAAUAGAGUUACUUGGUGAUAUCCCCAAACGUAUUGCUGCCUCAGGGAAAUAUUCCAAGGUAUUUUUUAACAAAAAAGGCGAGUUGAGAAACAUAACAGGGUUGAAGCCUUGGGGCUUAGUUUCUGUAUUAAAAGAUAAAUAUGAAUGGAGUCAGAGGGAAGCGGAGGAGUUUGCUGAUUUCUUGAAGCCUAUGUUAGACUUUGAUCCCAAUCGGCGUGCGACGGCCUACGAGUGCCUGCAGCAUCCUUGGCUGAUGACGAGCCAACCUGAACAAAAAGAGUCUGAGGAAUAAUUCUUUAUCGCUCUCUGUUAUGAAUGGUCUUCAUUCAUAAAAUCAGUAGUGUCGACCCACUAAGUAUUUGCAUGUUUUAUGUUCUAAUCAAAGUUUAUUUAUGGAUUUGUUUGUGAAUAGUUCAAUUCCUACCUAGAUUGUUUUAAUAGAUAUCCCUAAUUCCAUGAAUGAGCAGAUACUAAAUUGAUGCUAUAUAAAAAUAUAUAUAGACUUUCCUUGCAAUGGUAGCAAUGUAUAUAAUACAAUCGCUGCUCAAACUAGUUGAAUUGUUUAUGUGGUUAUGAUUAUUGGCAUACUAAUUUUAAAAAUCCAAAAUUUCCUCUCUUGUACAGAUAGCUUUAGUAAAAAUUGUGAUGUAUGAUGACAUAUAGACAAUAUAGGGUUUAUCACAUUAAUCUCUAGGACUCUUAGCUCAUAUAGCUGUGCACCUAAACCACCUAGGAUGUGAGAAACCUGAAGCAGUUGUAUGUCAUGUAGCAACUCAGGUAGUAGAUAUGUUCACAUAGUAUAAGUUUUGUUUUUUUUUUAUCACUAUCACAAUAAAAAUCUCAUAAUGUAACUUAGAGAUAAGACAGUAUUUGUAACGCCACACUUCCGAGACUGCCUUUUUGUAUAUCGACGAGUCAUCUAAAUUUAACAAUGGCUGGAGCUGGCGACACAUGGGGCGGCAGUGACAGAGACCUCUCAACCAGUUACUAGAUAUGUUAUUUAUCAUAGGUCCCGAUUUACACGAUCAUAAUUUGUAAUAAUUAUAUCUGCAAAUUUACAUGAAUAAAAUUUCAAAAUGAGCUUGUUAUUUAA